AAUUUUGCUAGAACUAUGUCUAGCUUCUGGGAUCGUCCAGGGGGCCAAAAUCAGCAUGUAGCUGGAUUCUGUGCAUCAUUGGGAGCACUUAGCCUGGGCGCUUCAGUGGGCUGGUCAGCGCCCGCGCAAUAUCAUAUUAAUAAUAAAGAAGACGCCUAUGGCUUUGCGGUCAAUCUGGAUGAAUUUGGAUGGAUUUGCUCAUUAUUGUGGCUGGGAUGCAGCUGUGUGAUAAUACCAAUUGGCCUGCUAGCUGAUUAUUUUGGCCGCAAGAUGACAAUGCUGGUGGUGGUGUUACCAUAUUUAGCAGCAUGGAUACUUAUCAUUUUUGCACCCAAUCCCUCAAUGCUUAUGGUGGCACGGUUUUUUCUUGGAGUUUCCGGUGGAAGCUACAUAAUAACGGUGCCAUUGUACUGUACGGAAAUCGCCCAGCUGGAGAUGAAGAACACUCUGUUGUCCUUCUAUAGCAUCUUCUUUGUUUUGGGCAUACUUUAUGCAUACAUUGCCGGAGCCUUUAAUAGUUUAAAGUGUUUAAAUUGUGCCUGUGCAAUAUUGCCACUUAUAUUCCUGGGCACGUUCAUUUGGAUGCCGGAAUCGCCAGUUUACUAUUUGCUCUGGGACCAAGAAUUGGAGGCUGAAGAAUCACUGGAAUGGUUGCGCCAACAGAAUGUGUCCAUGGAACUCUUUAAUAUGCAAUUGCAGAUUGAACAGCUUCAAGAAGAACAUGUUCCCUUUUGGACUGCAAUCCGACAAAAGAGUACACUGAGGGCGCUUAUGAUCAGCAUCGGUUUAAUGUUCUUCAAGAACUUUUCCGGAGGCACCGCAAUCAUCACCUACUGUACGACGAUUCAUCGUCAGGCGGGUGUGAAUAUCGGUUUUCAGCCGGACAUGUCCACAAUUCUUGUGGGUAUCUUUUUUGUUGUAUUUUCCAUUGCAUGUGUGCUCUCAUUGAAUUGUGCCAGACGACGCCCCAUGCUAAUAUUUACCAUAUUCCUAGAUGUACUCAGUAAUGCCUUAUUGGCACUUUACUUUCACCUAGUUCAUCGUAAGGAGAGCUACUUGGAUAAUCUCAAUUGGAUGCCACUUUUCAGCCUCUGUAGUUUCAUUUCUUUUUAUGCCCUCGGAAUUGGAACUCUGACCUACGUUAUCAUAUUUGAGCUGUUUUCCGUAGGAUUCCGAUCCCUGGGCACUGGCAUCGUUUGCUCGUUAUUUGCAUUAUUUGCUUUUUUCAAUACCAUAAUUUUUCCUGUCAUUGUGAGGAUCUGGGGCGAUGAGGAUUUCUUUUGGAUAUCAAUGGCUUUCUCGUUUUUGGCCUGGGUUUUCGUAUACUUUUUGGUACCAGAGACAAAAGGUCAAACCCCGGAUGAGAUUCAAGAUAUGUUAAAGUCCACUCAAUGUUGUGUUGCAACAAAUUCGAACAAGUGAAUAAAAUUUUAAUACUCUGUUUAAAACCUACAUUCUGAUUAUCUGUCUAUGAAAUAGAUUCUUGAUGCUUGAUAGUUGAAAGAUAAUUCCUUUUUUUAAUUUAAAGAAAUUAUAUAUGUUUUUUUAUGAAAAUAUGUCCC